CACGGAGUCCGGUCCCACUAGUUGCCAUACACUGCGAAUAUUCCAGAUUUUAAGCGAAUUUUUCAUACAUAAACCGAUACCAAAACAAAGUAAUAAUGGAACAAUGCUACAACAGAGGCUGUGGCCAGCUCUUCGAUCCGGCGACCAACAACGAUGAAUCUUGCCGACACCAUCCGGGCGAUCCGUUCUUCCACGACGCCUACAAAGGUUGGUCCUGCUGCAACAAGAAGUCUGUGGACUUCACCGAGUUCCUCAACAUCAAGGGCUGCACUCUGGCCAAGCACUCCAAUGUCAAGCCGCCGGAGCCAGAGAAGCCGGUUAAGGAGGAGUCGGACAAGGACGAGGUCAUCGAAGUGCGCGCUCCCAUCCGGGAAGCCCUGCCCCGACCGCCCAUAGAAUCACCGCUAACCGUUCUGCAGCCGACGGUGGCUCCUGCCUUGAAAGAAAUCGUUUUUACGGCGAAUACCCCUGUGGCAGAGAAAUCCAGCGACUCCAUCGAUGUGGGCACCAGUUGCAAGAACAACGGAUGCUCGUACUCCUUUGCGGGCACCAGCAGCGACUACGGCGAGUGCACCUACCAUCCCGGAGUGCCCAUCUUCCACGAGGGCCUCAAAUUCUGGUCCUGUUGCCAGAAACGGACCUCGGAUUUUGCCCAGUUCAUGGCGCAGAAGGGUUGCGCCUAUGGACAGCACAAGUGGGUAAAGGAGAACGAGGAUAAAAAGGUAGUGCAGUGUCGCUACGAUUGGCACCAGACGGCCAUCGAUGUGGUCGUGGCCAUUUAUGCCAAAAAAUAUGAUUACACCCAGAGUUUGGUCGAGCUGAAUCCCAUCAGGCUGCAUGUCAACCUGGUUUUUCCCGAGCAGGAAAACGCCAGGUUUGAUCUGGACCUGGAACUGCGCGGCAUUGUCAAUGUGAGCAAGGCCAGUGCGCAAAUGUACGGCACAAAAGUGGAGAUUACUCUGCCCAAACUGGAGCCCGGCUCGUGGUCUAACCUGAAUUUCCCGAACAAGAAACUGCCAGCAGCCAAGAAGAUCCAGGAAGAAGAAAAGCCAAAACAGGAGGAGAGUGACGAGGAGUUCUUCGACCUGGACGACAUCAAGUCGGUGACCAGCUACCAGCUCUCAGAGUUGAGUCUGCAAAACCAAAACAACUUAGAUUAAUAAAGAGUUGGCAUUUAAUGUUUAUUUACAAUACACGAA